AUGUCUAAACCUAUUGCUCUGUUUUCCGUCCACGACAAGACUAAUCUCAUCGAUCUUGCACAGGGACUUCAUGGUGCUGGAGUCCGUCUGGUCGGUUCGGGGUCGACCGCAAGGACGAUCAGGGAGGCUGGAAUACCCAUCGAGGAUGUUGCUGACAUUACCAAAGUACCCGAGAUGCUCGGAGGUAGGGUGAAGACGCUUCAUCCUGCUGUUCAUGGCGGCAUCCUCGCACGCUCUAUCCCUUCCGAUGAGCAAGAACUCAAGGCCCAAAACAUCUCCCCCAUCUCUAUCGUCGUCUGCAACCUCUACCCUUUCACAUCCACCAUCGCUAAACCGAACUGCACAAUCGCAGAUGCCGUCGAAGAGAUCGACAUCGGUGGUGUCACCCUGCUUCGCGCAGCUGCCAAGAACCAUGAGCGUGUCUCCGUCCUCUCAGAUCCUACUGACUACCACGCAUUCUUGCAAGUGUUCCAGCGGGGACAGGGUGACGUUGGCCAGGUGCUCCGCAACAGGCUUGCACUGAAGGCGUUUGAGAUGACUGCAAAGUAUGAUGAUGCGAUUAGCGAUUAUUUCCGCGAGCAGUAUGCAUCGAAGCCCGAGAGCGGACCAGUCCAGCGCAUGACGCUUAGGUACGGUGCUAACCCUCACCAGAAACCAGCACAAACUUUCGUGGCUGAGGGCGAAUUGCCAUUCAAAGUCCUCAGCGGCUCCCCAGGCUACAUUAAUUUAUUAGAUGCUCUUAAUUCUUACGCGCUCGUAAAGGAGCUUCAAGAGGCUUUGGACCUCCCUGCUGCCGCUUCCUUCAAACAUGUCUCCCCUGCUGGUGCAGCUGUGGGUUUGGAACUUGACGAAACCGAGAAGCACGUAUACGGCGUCGAAGAUCUCAAAGAGCCCCUGACGCCUUUAGCAUGUGCAUACGCUCGCGCUCGAGGUGCCGAUCGCAUGUCAUCGUUCGGAGACUUCAUUGCGCUCUCCGCCCCAUGUGACCUUGCCACAGCACGCAUCAUCUCCAGGGAAGUAUCCGACGGUAUCAUUGCGCCAGGCUACAGCCCCGAGGCGCUGGAAGUUUUAAAAAAGAAAAAGGCAGGAAAGUACUGCGUCCUAGAGAUGGACCCGUCGUACAAGCCCUCAGAUGUCGAGACGCGCCAAGUAUAUGGCGUCAGCCUCCAGCAACGCCGAAACGACGUCAAAAUUGACGCCAAGCUCUUCGAAAACCUCGUCACCAAGAACAAAGCCGUCCCAACGCAAGCGCUGACGGACCUCAUUGUCGCGACCCUCGCGGUGAAGUACACGCAGUCUAACAGCGUCUCGUACGCCAAAAAUGGCUCUAUAAUCGGCUUGGGCGCCGGACAGCAGUCGCGCAUCCACUGCACGCGGCUUGCAGGAUCCAAAGCGGAUAACUGGUGGUUACGACACCACCCGCGCGUCCUCGCACUGCCAUUCAAAAAGGGCGUUAAGCGCGCCGAGAAAGCGAACGCGAUCGACCUCUUUGUGAGCGGGGAGGUACUCGAGGGCGGCGAGCGUGCACAGUGGGAGGGACAAUUCGAGGAGGUGCCCGCGCCGCUCAGCCAGUCGGAGAAGAAGGAAUGGGCUGAGAAGUUGGAUGAGGUUGCUUGUUCGAGUGAUGCGUUUUUCCCAUUUGCGGAUAACGUGCACCGGGCUAGGAAGAGCGGAGUGAGAUACCUCGCUGCGCCUAGCGGAAGUGUGAUGGACGAAGAGUGUAUCAAGGCCGCGGAUGAGCACGAGAUGGUGUUUGCGCACACCUCUCUCAGGCUCUUCCACCACUGA